CUUAUCUGCGGUCGCGUCCAUUUAAGCAAAGCCAACGCCGUCCAUUUCGAUCAGUGCCCGAGCAGACUCCACUCGUGUAAGAAAUUCUACGUUGCAUGCAUUUCUACAAGCCAUCUUCACCGAUUACGAAUCCAAGUUGCAUGCCUUUUACGCCACAUGAAUCUCUAUCAGGUUAUGACCGCUUCGGAGAUAUUCAAGAUAGUUUGAAGAGGACCUUCGACAACGGGAGUUUCAUCGAUGCUAAAUGGUUGCAAGGAGUGCCGGAAUUAACCGCCAGAGAUUUAGUUUUGCGACAAUGCGGACAGACGGGACCCACCAGUUUUUCGGAAUUUCUACCGGAAAGCACGUUAAAAUGUUGUCACAAAAUAGGGGAAGGAGUGUACGGGGAGGUGUUCCUCUUCAGAAAUCCCAAAGGCGGUACGUCCGUCAUCAAAAUAAUCCCCGUCGAAGGAGACCUGAUAGUUAACGGCGAAAAACAGAAAAAAUUCGAGGAAAUCCUUUCGGAAAUUUUAAUAACAAGCGAAUUGAGCAAUUUGCGAAACCAUGAAAGAAACCGAACAAUGGCGUUUACGGAAAUCCAGAAAAUCCAGUGCGUGCGAGGAAAAUAUCCGGAGGCGCUCAUCGAACUCUGGGACGAGUUCCAGGAAACCUACGGCUCGAAGAACGAUUGUCCGGACAUGUUCGCUGACGAUCAACUGUACGUUAUAUUCCAGAUGAAAUACGGAGGACGCGAUUUGGAAUCUUUCCAGUUUUUCGACGCUAAACAGGCUUACUCCGUCAUACAACAGAUCGCUCUGGGAUUAGCCGUGGCCGAAAAAGAGCUGAAAUUCGAGCACCGGGACCUCCAUUGGGGCAACGCGCUGGCCCUGACGGUGCCCGAAGACGAGACCGUUUCGUACAAAUUAGACGACGAAUUGUACCACAUACCGUCCAACGGCGUUCGCAUUACCAUCAUCGAUUUCACGUUUUCCAGAAUCGAGAACGACGACGUCACCGUUUUCCAGGAUUUGGGCCUGGACGAGGACUUGUUCGUCGCUUCGGGCGACUAUCAAUUCGACGUGUACAGAUUGAUGCGCGAGAAAAACGGGAAUAAUUGGAACAAAUUCGAGCCGUAUUCCAACAUUCUGUGGCUGCACUACAUAUUGGACAAGGCGGUCAAGGAUUUGAGGUAUACAAAUGUCAAGACGAAGAUCCACAGAUUUUAUCUGAAGCAGUUGAAAAUGCUCGGUGAUGAUGUGCUGAACUACGGAAACGUGAAAGAUUUUGUUUACGACAAAUUUAUAUCAUUGUAAUUCAAAGUUUAUUCUCGUCGUUUUUAAUAAUAUAUUUUUUAACCAUGUAGUUUGUUGUGUGUGAUAAUUUUUCUAAAAUGCUCACUAAUAAGUGCCUGUAUUUUUUGUAUAACUUGUAAUAUACAAUAAAGAGAAAAAAGUAAUAUAAUAUACAAC